CGCUUGCUUCUCAGAUAACACUCCUCGAAAUGUAUGCAUUUCAUAUUUUAUGUUUUAUGGUGCACAAAUGUCACCAGUAACUCAAAACGCGUUCAGAGGUUUGAAUGUGACCCAAUGCACGCUUGAGUUUUCUGAGCCGCUAAACGCCCCUCAGUGGUGUGCAACGUGAAAGCUAACAGUAACGUCUGUCGUCUCAUGGUUCGUGUUGUGCGUGCAGUUUUGUCUCAAAGCUGAUGGCAGUGCACCCUCUUCCUUUGGCUCAUGACAGCCACUGAGUGGAUGUAAUAAAUACAUAUUUAAUCUUCUGCUCUGCUGGACUAAAUCUACACAAUCUGUGACAGACAUCAGCACAACACACGCAGAGUGACCUGUAACGCUCAAUGAUUGUGCAGCAGCUGACGUGUAGGGGGCUGACCUCUCACCUCUGUGCGGCAGUCAGACUGAACUGGAGCCCCGCGGCAAAGAUGGCUAGACCCAGCUCAAAUUUAGCAGAGUUUCGCGUGGAUUUUGCUAAAGCCAAGCACAUUGCUAUCAUUACCGGGGCCGGAGUGAGUGCAGAGAGCGGGGUGCCGACUUUCAGAGGACAGGGCGGCUACUGGAGGAAGUGGCAGGCGCAGGAUUUGGCAACCCCUGAAGCUUUUUCUCUAGAUCCUUCUUUAGUAUGGGAAUUUUACCAUUAUAGGCGUGAGGUUAUGCGCAGUAAGAUGCCAAACCCAGCCCACCUGGCUGUAGCUGAGUGUGAGUCCCGUCUCAGGCAGCAGGGCCGCUCUGUGGUGAUCAUCACCCAGAACAUCGAUGAACUGCACCACCGUGCCGGAUCCAAACAUGUCUACGAAAUCCACGGUAGUCUAUUUAAAACCCGCUGCAUGAGCUGUGGAGAAGUCAAAGCCAACCGCAAGAGUCCUAUCUGUCCUGCUCUGGAGGGGAAAGGAGAGCCUGACCCCAGUGCCAAGGACGCCAGAAUACCCGUGGAGCACCUGCCCAGGUGUGACAGAAGUGGCUGUAAGGGAUUGCUGAGGCCUCACGUGGUUUGGUUCGGAGAGACUCUGGAUUCAGAUGUCCUCACCGCUGUGGAGCAGGAGCUGGAAAAAUGUGAUCUCUGCUUAGUGGUGGGCACCUCCUCCGUAGUUUACCCAGCAGCCAUGUUUGCUCCUCAGGUGGCAGGUAGAGGAGUGCCUGUAGCCGAAUUCAACACGGAGUGCACACCUGCUACUAUACGCUUUAAAUAUCACUUCGAGGGUCCUUGUGGUGUCAUACUGCCUCCCGCCCUGGAACGGCACGAGAGCGAGGCCAUUUGAGGAGAAAGAAGGCACGACCCCUUCAUGCCCACUGUAUAGAGCACUUUAACCGAGAGCACAUGGGAUUGGUUCAUGCCUUCGUGUGGUUGGUUUUCCUAUGGUUUGUGCGCUACGAAGAUUUACCGCAAAGGCUGAAAUUAAAUUUUAAAUAGCGUGUUAAUUGUUUGCUUUGGCCUGUGUAGCAACUUUUUGCAAGUUGUGUUCUUGGCAUCGGGCCUUUAGUAGGUUUGUUCCAGCUGAACUUUUUAGGUGGCAUUAAAGAGUUGUGGAAAUUUC